UACUGAAACUUUGUAAGUUUUAGGUUAACAAAGAAGAAUGUUUUGGGUAGCACUUAUAGUAGUAAUAAUUACUUUAGGGUAUUAUUACUAUCAAAGAACGUAUAAUUACUGGAAAAAUUUGGGAAUUAAUCAAACCAACCCAUUACCUUUUUUUGGAGACAUGUUUCCGAUUGUGUCUCAAAAAAUGGCCUUAUCACAUUUGGUCCAAAAUAUUUAUUCACAAUUUCCAAAUUCUAGAUAUAGUGGAAUGUACUUAUUUAACUCACCAACAUUGGUGAUACGAGAUCCAGAAUUAAUCAAGCAAAUACUUGUAAAAGAUUUUGAUCAUUUCCUUGAUCAUAAACCUUUUAUUGAUCCAGAAGGUGAUCCAUUAUGGAGCAACAAUUUAUUUGCUAUGAGAGGUCAACGAUGGAAAGAGUUGCGUCCUAAAAUUAGUCCAGCGUUUACUUCAAGCAAAAUGAAAUAUAUGUUUUCCCUAAUGGUGGAAGCCUCAAAGCAGUUCAUACAAUAUUUCGAAACCCAAGACAAAAAUCUCAUCGUUUUAGAAAUGAAAGAUAGUUACACCAGAUUUGCCAAUGACGUUAUUGCUUCAUGUGUGUUUGGAUUAAAAGUUGAUUCAUUGAAUGACAAAGAAAAUUAUUUUUAUGUAACGGGAAAACAAUUAACUAGUUUUACUGGGUUUUGGAAAAAUAUUAAGAUUUUUUCAUAUAAUCUUAUACCUUUAGAAUCAAAGUAUUUAAAAUUUGGACUGUUCUCGUCAGAAGAAGUAGCAUUUUUCCGUAAAAUUGUGCGGGACACAAUAGCUUUGAGAGAACGCGAAGGAAUUGUUAGGCCAGAUCUAAUUCAAAUAUUGAUGAAUUCCCGUAAAGAAAACGCCAGAGAGGACAUUAAUAAAGAUACAAUUGAUACGGGAUUUGCAACAGUCCAUGAAGCCGAAGUUGGUUCUACGACAAAGAAACCUCUAACCGAUGAUGAAAUCGUUGCUCAAGCAGCUGCUUUCUUCUUUGCUGGUUUUGACUCUGUCUCAGGCUUAAUGUGCUUCACAUCUUAUGAACUGGCAUUGCAUCAAAACUGUCAAGAUAAAUUGAGAGCUGAAAUUCAAGAAACCAUGGAAGAGUGUAAUGGAAAUUUGACUUACGAAGGCUUGAUGAAGAUGAAAUAUUUGGAUAUGAUAAUUUCCGAAAGUCUUAGAAAAUGGCCGAACGCAGCUGUAACAGAUAGACUCUGUACAAAACCUUACACCAUACAACCUAAGACCCCUGAUGAAAAACCUAUUCACCUAAAAAUAGGUGAUUCAAUCUCAGUACCCCUUUGUGCCAUCCAAAUGGAUCCACAAUAUUUUCCAGAUCCGGAGAAAUUCGACCCAGAAAGGUUUAGUGACGAGAACAAAAGCAAAAUUGUUCCGUACACUUUCUUGACGUUUGGUGUAGGUCCCCGAGGUUGUAUUGGAUCCAGAUUUGCUAUUAUGGAAGUUAAGACGAUGUUGUUUCAUUUGUUAUCCAAAUUUAAGAUAGUGACCACCGAAAGAACAGAAAUUCCUAUUCAAAUUGCACACACUGGUGCUGGUUUAAACGCCAAGAAUGGAUUUUGGCUUGGCUUGCAGAAGAUCUAACCGUAAAACACUAAAUAAUAUUUUUGUGGAGACACACAUGUUGAUAAUUUUGAUUUAAAACAAAGAUUUUUUUCCCAUAUGUUGUAUUAUGUAAACUUGUAUCUAAUAAAGCAUUUAAUAUUUUUAA